AUCGCGAAAAACUUUCUGAACGAUCAAUUUUUUAAGAAAAAAAAUCAAUUAUAUUCUGUGCUGUGUUAUCUAUAUAAAAGUGAUAGCAAAAUGUCCAAUCAAAUGGAGUUUAUGAUGCAGCUUUAUAUGAUGAACUUGUUGCAACAACAGCAACAGCAACAACAACUACUACAGCAACAGCAACAGCAGCCACUGCAACAACAACAACUGUCCAGCUUAACAUAUACACAGAAAGAGGAUAUCAGCAGCAGCACUUGCCAGCAACAACCCCAAGAACAACAACAGCAACAAAAGACAAGAACGCAAAAACGAACAAACUCGCAAAACUCGAACUGUAGUAGUAGCCGUAGUUGUAGUCCCAAUAGUAAUUUGAAUGCAUUAUCUCAACAACAAUAUGAGCAACAAGCUUCAACGCUAACAACACCGUCAACACCUAACAACAACACAAACACAAACCCAAGUUUUGUUCACCAGUUGCCGCAAAUGUUGCUAAGCUCUUUACCUCUCUCCUUACCUCCACUAACACAAUAUAUGUUGCAACAACAACAACAACAACAACAGCAACAGCAGCAGCAACAUUUGCUGACAAAUGCAACAACAAAUCUUUUACUAACUCCCAAUACACCCAGCCCUUUGAAAAGUGAUCAGUUUACCAAUAACUUUUUGCAAUCCUCCACAGUGACAUCGACGCCAAAUGAUGUAGCAGCAGCAGUCACACGUGCAACAACAGGAGUAACAGCUACUAAUGUCCUUUCGGCAGUCAACGUCAAAUAUGAGCAGGAUUUCGAAGAUGAGGAUGACAAGCCACUGUCAAGCUUGAACAGCUGUAACUCUUCGGGCUUGCCCAGCAAAAAUGCCAGCACCGAAAAGUUGCUCCUGUUGCCGCUGGAGAGUACGAACACCACCGAUAGCAACGGCUCAUCCAGCAUGUACACACCCGUUAAGCAACCAGCGGACUCUUCCUACAAUGUCGUCACCAGCAUCGACAAUGAGAGCACAUUAAACACGCCUCUGGCACAGAACAAUUCUAUGCUGACGCCGCCGCCGUCAAGUGAUCAGGGCAGGGGUAUUGUCAGUCUGUCUACAGCCAGCAGCCUAGAUGCCUUUCUGCAGAAUGAGGAGAUUCUUAAGAAUCUUCGCAAGGUAUCCUCGUAUCUGGAAUGUGAGAAUACGCUCUGUCGGCAAGAGACACUGCGUGAUCAUUUCCACUGUUACGAUGAACCCUGCCAGGGAAAAAUUCUCAGCAAGAAGGAUGACAUUAUACGGCAUCUGAAGUGGCACAAGAAGCGCAAAGAGAGCUUCAAGCUGGGCUUUGCACGGUUUUCCUCCGCAGACGACUGUGCUCCCACUUAUGGCGAAGGAUGCGUCUACAAUUGGAAGCAGACGCACUACCAUUGCGUCUACGAGCACUGCCCCAAGGUUUAUGUGAGUACCAGCGAUGUGCAGAUGCAUUCCAACUUCCAUCGCAAGGACUCUGAGAUUGUAAAUGAAGGCUUUCGGCGAUUUCGAGCCCACGAAAAUUGUCGCAUCGAGAAUUGCCCAUUCUAUGGCAAAAAAAUAUCACACUAUCAUUGCUGUCGCGAGGGCUGUAACCACACCUUCAAGAAUAAAGCUGAUAUGGACAAGCACAAGACGUAUCAUUUGAAAGAUUACCAACUUACGCAGGAUGGCUUCAAGAAGAUACUCAAAACUGAACAGUGUCCUUUUGAGUCUUGCAAGUUCUCCACGAUCUGCAAUCACAUUCAUUGCGUGCGUGAGAGCUGUAACUAUAUCUUACACUCGAGCAGUCAAAUGAUUAGUCACAAGCGGAAACAUGAUCGCCAGGACGGUGAACAGACCUAUCAGCAGCUUAAAAACAAACAGGAUGAUACAUUGGAGGACGUAAGCUCGUUGGAAGUUACCCCCAUAACGGCCAGUGGUAACGUCAAUCAGCCCGUCUAUGCGAACAGCAAUAGUUCCACUUCGACGCCGCUGUCCUCGCUAUCCGCAGGUCACUUUUUAGCACGCAAACGUGGUCGGCCGCCCAAGAAAAUUGAACUGCCUGCAGAUGCUCAACAGUCAGAGGUCAAGCGAGUUAAACUGGAUGACGAUGACAACAAUCCGGCGCAGCAGACUCCCACAGUUCCGUCUCAGUCUCAAGCCAACAGUAAUAUGCUAAGCAGUGCGCUCUUUCCUAAUUCGAUGCCCAGCUUAACAGCUGCUGCCACAGAUGCUACGGUUCCAAAUUUCCAGCUAACGCAUUUGAUGGCGCUUUUCCAACUGCAGAAUCCGCUUUUCUAUCAGAACCUGUAUCCAGGUGCCGUGGCUUCCAAUAUGUUGGCUGUGCCACAAAAUCCAUCCAUAUUCAACAAUUUGGCAGCCUUCGGCGCUGCGGCUGCCGCAGCAGCAGCGGGCGUGCAUCAGCCAAAGAGCGAGUUUACCAUUAAGCCAGAGUACAAAGAGUAAGUUGCUGUUUACUCUAGCAGCCCAUAGAUUUUAUAUUAAAUUAUGUGUAGAUAGAGUUAGUUACAUAGGAGACUGAUUGAAUAGGUUAAUUGAGGGAUUAGCCAGGCUUUAAGCAGGGUUUUCAGGCCAAAGGUUCCAAAUAAUUAUUGAUGCAUAGCUAGGAUGUUGUUUAUUUCCAGUCCCCCUACA